UCUCACACAGAAGUGUCCCGUCUGCCGGACUGUGCACUCAUCAUUACGUCACUAACAACAGUCUCUCUCUCUUCUCACUCUCCAGUGACUACUGUGUUUCACUUGCAUACAGAACGCUUCUCCAGUUCAGAAUUUAUUCAAAUAGUAUACAAUAUUCUGGGAUUUUAUCGUAGUCUUUAAUAAUAAUUUGGAGACUGCAUCAAGUUAUAAACUCCACUCAACUCAAUUCAAACGCAGCUUAUUUUGUGAGGACUCCAAACUACCGUAGCGAUGUUCACGUGGGUGCUCCGCCUCAUACUGAUUGGAAUCAUCCUGCUGCUGGUCUACCUGCGAUAUAGGAAGUCGAGGAAGCGUCUACUCGAACUGGGAGCCAAGCUUCCCGGACCCCCCAGUCUCCCUCUGUUCGGGAACAUGCUCCCCUUCGCCAUGCGUCCGGACGACUGCAUCGACAUCGGCAUGAAAUUUUGCACUGAGUACGACAGCGGUCCUAUCAGAUUCUGGUUCCUGAACGAGCUGAUCGUAUUCGUGGCAAAACCCCAGGAUGCUGAGAUUCUACUAAGCAACAUGAAACACUUGAGAAAACCCUGGCAGUACAAACUGCUCAAACCCUUCAUGGGCGAAGGUCUCUUCACUAAUAGCGACAAUUCAAUAUGGCGACUGCACAGGAAAAUGAUCACUCCAGCUUUCCAUUUCUCCAUUCUCAAAGGAUUUCUGCCCAUUUUCUUCGAGGAGGCUAAGAUAUUCGCCAGUAAAAUUCCUUGCGGAGAAGAAGUCGAUGUAUUUCCAAGGUUUGGUUUGUGCGCUCUGGACAUUAUCUGUCGAACCGCCAUGGGAGUUCACGUGCAUUCCCAGGAGGGAAAGGGCAAGGAGUUCGUAGAAGGAAUGGAAACCCUACUUCAGAUCGCUCACUGGCGGCUAGUUCGUCCAUAUAUGAUCAACGAUACCAUCUUCUCCAUGCUGCCAAUUAAGAAGAAACACGACGAGGCCCAGAAGAACGUAUUCAAAUUCACCGAAUCAGUCAUACAAGACAAGAGACAAAAGUUAAAUAGCCAAAAGUCAAAAUGUAACAAUAACAACAAUAAUAACAACGAUGAGAAGAAUGAUGAUAACAAAUACUUCCUGAGUGGAGAAAGAGCGAUGCCUUUCCUUGAUCUGAUGAUGGCGAUGGAUACAGAUGAAAUGAGUCUGACAGAUGAGCAGCUGAGAGAUGAGGCGAUCACUAUUAUCAUUGGCGGUCAGGAGACCACCACAACCGAACUCACCUUCACACUCCUCAUGUUGGCUAUUCACCACAAUGUACAAGCAAAGGUACUUGAUGAGAUCGACCUGGUGUUCGGUUCAGAUCUGAACCACACGCCGACAAUUGAAGACUUGCAGAAGCUGGAAUACCUGGAGCGAGUUCUGAAAGAGGUGAUGAGACUCUACCCCUCCAUCCCCUACUUUGCUCGUGUACUCGAGGAGGAGGUCACACUCAGCAAUAAUUACACUCUGCCUAAAGAGUGUAUAGUAUGCAUCUUUAACUACGGCCUACAUCGGCACCCGGAGUCGUUCCCGAACCCAGAACGCUUCGAUCCGGACAACUUUCUCCCAGAACGCUGCCGCGGUCGCUCACCCUUCGCGUUCGUGCCGUUCAGCGCGGGGCCACGAAACUGCAUCGGCCAGAAGUACGCCAUGCUGCAGAUGAAGACGGUCGUCUCCACCAUCUUCAGACACUUCCGCGUCACGCCCGGCAAGCGCUUUCAAAAUGGUGCACCCAUCCGCAUCAAGGCCACCACCACCAUCAAAUGCUCAAAUAGUGUUGACAUUGUGUUCCACAGGCGGUGAUCAUUUGCUAUUUGUGAGAUUGGUUUGGUUUGAAAUGUUGACUUUGACAAGACCAGUACAGUAGUGCUAUACGGUGUAGAAACAUUAAACUCAAAAAGUUGCACAAUGAAAUGCUUUACCAAUAUGAUGGUUCACAUUGACAAAAAUACAUGACCAGUAGUGAUAUACGGUGUAGAAACAUUGACCUAAAAAAUUGCACAAUUCAAUGCUUCACCACAGUGAUGGUUCACUUUGACAAAAAUACAAGGCAAGUAGUGCUGUAUGGUGUAGAAACAUUGACCUCAAAGAUUUCACAAUUAGAUGUUUGAGUAGUGUUGAUAGUGCGGGAAGGAGAGGAAAUCUUUCAAAAAGAGCACCGGGUUUGAUAGAAUUGUGAUGUCAAUCUCCGCAAAAAAAUUCUAAAUUGAUCCUGCAAAAUACAAAGACCAGUAGUGCUAUAUAGUAUGGUAACAAAGGACCUCAGGAUAUUUUAAAGAGAGUUCAGGAAUAGUAGAAAUUAGUUAAUGAAUGCACAGGGUUUGAGAUGUUUACUUAGGCCAAGCAAAAUUUAAAAUUAAUCCUGCAAAAUACAAAUACCAUUAGUGCUCUGUAGUAUGGAAACAUGGACCUCAAAAAUGUUCACCAUUCAAUGUUUAAACAGUGUUAAUAUUGUGUUCCACAGGCGGUGAUAAUUUGAUUUAAUGAAAUUGGGAAGUUGAGUCUACUUUGGCAAAAAUACAUGACUAGUAGUACUAUACAGUGUAGAAACAUUGACCCAAAAAUUUCUCAAUAAAAUCCUUAAAAGACAAGUGGCAAGAGCAAGACUACAAUAAUAGAUAUAAGAUGAUAAUAAUUAUGAUUAUAUGAAAUCAUUCUGAUUGGAAUAUUGCUUCCAAUGUUAUUACUAUCAAGAAAAUUCAUAACAUUUUAUGAAAUUUAUAAUACAGUAAAUCUUAAACAAUCUAUAAAUAUUUCUAUCCAUGACAACUUUAUAGUUCAUACAGUAGAUGUUAUCUGAUCUACAAGUAUUUUUUUCCAUGACAAAUUUGUAAAUUUACUGAGAAUAUACACAAGUUUUGUUUGAAA